AUGAAGAAAUUACUAGGAAAGGCCACGGGCAAGGGCAAGCAGACGGCACCACCAGCGCGACCGCCGCAGGGUCAACCCAGCCGCGCAAACCCUCCGCCACCGAACCCUCCACGAGGUCCAGCACCUCCACGUCCCGCUCCACCCACAAAUGUCCUUACUCCCCCAAAACGUCCCAACGUGCCGGCAGCCAACGCACCCAAAUUCGAAGCUGGCGGCAUCGCCCUACCAAAACCUGGCCAGCACAAUAUCCAAGUCCAAAUGUCUCGCGGUGCUGAACAAGGGAACUACAUCGGCAUCACUCGUGCGCCAGGCGACAAUCUAUUUACGGUGGGCAUGACGGACUGCAGCGCUGUUGUCACAAUCACGCCCCAUGGCAACCAUACCCUGACUCACUUGCAAGGCGGCCGUGCUUAUCCUUCUUACUUUGAACAUGUGCGCAGUCAGGUCACGAAGGACACGACUGUCAUCAUCGCGGCGGGUGGCAACAAUCACAAUCCCCAGGUAUUCGACUCCAUGAUUGCCGAUGCGAUCAGGGAUGAGUUCAAGAAAUGGGGUGUCCCCGCGGGCAAUUUCAAGGUUAUCAUGCCGACGGCGGCACAGGUCAAGCAGAAUAUGUGUGGGUUCGUGGUCCUUGGUGAUGGCCGGUAUGGCUUCUCGAAGCCGUAG